AUGGCGGAAGCUAUAACGACCUUUGACCUGCAAGGUGCUCUCCCCCUCGUUGCCCGGGGCAAGGUGCGCGACCUGUACGAGGUCGACGAGAAGACCCUGCUCUUCGUCGCCAGCGAUCGCAUCUCCGCCUACGAUGUGAUCAUGGAGAAUGGCGUCCCGAACAAGGGUGUCUUGCUCACCCUCUGCACCAAGACCUGGUUCCAGAUCCUCACGCAGGCCAUUCCCACUCUCCGCACUCACUUCCUCACUCUCGACCUUCCUCCCCAGAUCCCCGAAUCGCUGCGCCCCAAGCUGCAGAACCGGAGUAUGCAGGUGCGCAAGCUCCGCAUUCUCCCUAUCGAGGCUAUCGUCCGUGGAUACAUCACCGGCUCCGCUUGGAAGGAGUACCGGACGUCCGGCACGGUGCACGGCAUCAAGGUCCCCGCUGGUCUGAAGGAGAGCGAGGCCUUCCCCGAUGGACCCAUCUACACACCCAGCACGAAGGCGGAGCUAGGCGAGCAUGAUGAGAACAUCCAUCCCGACCAGGCUGCCGCUAUUGUUGGCGAGCCCUACGCUUCUACCAUUGCCUCGCUGGCUGUGCAGCUGUACAAGGCCGCGCACACGUAUGCCCUCGAGCGGGGCGUCAUCAUCGCCGACACCAAGUUCGAGUUCGGUGUUGACGAGGAGACGAAUGAGGUUGUCCUGGCUGAUGAGGUUUUGACCCCCGACUCGUCUCGCUUCUGGCCCAAGGAUUCGUAUGUUGUUGGUCAGGGCCAGUCGAGCUUUGACAAGCAGUACCUGCGGGACUGGCUGGUCUCGCAGGGGCUGAAGGGCAAGGACGGUGUUCGUAUGAGCGAUGAGGUUGUCCAGAAGACUGCUGAAAAGUACAAGGAGGCCUGGGAGAGAAUUACUGGAGGUAACUAG